AUGGCUUCUUCACAGCGUGUCGUCAUUAUUGGAGCUGGUAUCGUCGGCACGAAUAUUGCUGAUGAGCUGGUCUCUCGCGGAUGGACCGAUAUCACCGUCGUCGAGCAAGGGCCUUUGGAUAUGCCAGGGGGCUCGACAUCACACGCCCCAGGCCUCGUAUUCCAGACCAACGGCUCAAAAACCUUGAGCUAUUUCGCCAAAUACACCGUGCAGAAGCUUCUGUCACUAGAAUGCUUCAACCAAGUCGGUGGCCUAGAGGUGGCGGAGACCCCUGAGAGACUCGAAGACCUUAAACGGAAGCACGGAUACGCCUCAUCAUGGGGUAUCGAGGCACACCUAAUUAGUGCCGAUGAGUGUCGGAGGCUGUACCCCCUUUUGAACAAAGACAUAAUUCUUGGCGGCCUGCACAUCCCCACCGACGGCCUGGCGUUGGCUGCCCGCGCGGUUCAGCUGCUUAUUGAGCGCACACGGAAAGCCGGGGUUAGAUACCUUGACCGAACCCCAGUGACCGGCAUUGCCCAGAAAGACGGACAUGUCACCGGUGUGAUCACGAAAAACGGCACGAUCGCCGCUGACAUUGUGCUAUCUUGUGCCGGCUUCUGGGGAGUCGAGGUGGGAGCAAUGAUUGGCCUUCCCAUCCCCCUCCUCCCAGUUGGCCACCAAUAUGCAAAGACAACUCCUGUGCCCGUACAAAAAGGGAAGAAUUCAGAGCCCAACGGCGUAGGUCUGCCUAUCCUUCGCCACCAGGACCGCGAUCUUUACUAUCGUGAACACGGCGAUGCAUACGGCAUUGGUUUCUAUGGCCACCGUCCCUUGCCGGUCGUUGCCGCUUCUCUGGGGGAGACUCCCAGGCAUGUCGACGAGCACAAUAUGCCGUCGCGCCUGGAUUUCACCCCCAAGGACUUUGAGCCUGCAUGGGAGUUGACUCAGAAGCUGCUCCCUGCGUUGAAAGAAUCCAAGAUCGCUUAUGGAUUCAACGGCAUUAUGUCGUUCACUCCCGACGGAGGACCACUCGUCGGAAGGGCACCGAACCUUGAGGGUUUCUGGGUGGCGGAAGCAGUCUGGGUGACACACUCUGCUGGAGUAGCUCGCGCCGUCGCCGAGCUCCUUACAACGGGCAGAGCCGAGAUUGAUCUCUCCGAAUGCGACAUCUCCCGGUUUGAGCAGGUUCAACUCACACCCUCCUAUGUCAGCGAAACCUGCCAGCAAAACUUUGUCGAAGUUUACGAUGUUUUGCAUCCCCUCCAGCCCCGAGAGUCACCGCGCAACCUGCGCAUCAGUCCGUUCCAUGCCCGCCAGAGAGAACUCGGGGCUUACUUCCUGGAGGCUGGCGGAUGGGAGCGUCCACAGUGGUAUGAGGCGAACGCGAAUCUGGUGAAGCAGUUGCCAGACAAGUGGAAGCCUAGAGAUCGUGAUGCUUGGUCUGCAAGAUAUUACUCUCCGAUUGCUGCUGCCGAGGCUUGGAAGACUCGGACGGCGGCUGCCAUGUACGACUUGACACCCAUUCGUCGCUUGGAGGUGUCUGGACCGGGAGCGUUAGAGUUGCUUCAGAGAGCAACAACUAGCGAUGUCUCGAAGAAGCCUGGCAGCGUUACUUUCACUCUGCUCCUUGAUGGACGCGGAGGCAUCAAGAGCGACAUUUUCGUGGCGAGACUUCUGGACGAUUUGUUCCAGCUUGCCGUCAACGGGCCAAUAGAUCAAGCUUACCUAGCUAGAGAAGCUCGCUUGCAAGCGAAGAAGAACCCAUCCAACUGGGCUCAGGUACGGGAUGUUACGGGAGGCACUUGCGGUAUUGGCCUAUGGGGCCCUCGAUCCGCUGAUAUCGUGGCAGCCAUCAGCUCAGACGACUUUACCAGCCAGGGACUUCCUGACUCUAGCGUGAAAGCAGCCGUCAUCUCUGGUAUUCCGGUUCUGGCAAUCAGGCUAUCGUUUGUUGGUGAACAGGGCUGGGAGAUUUACACCAGUGCUGAGAACGGUCAAAGACUCUGGGAUGUCAUCUUCAAGGCCGGCCAACCUCACGGAGUCGUCGCAGCCGGCCGCAGUGCAUUCAACGCCUUGCGGCUGGAGGCAGGAUUCCGGAGUUACGGUUCCGAUGUCACUUCCGAGAACAACCCGUUUGAAGCUGGUCUCGACUUUGCAAUCGACUCCGGCAAGCAAGGCUACGUUGGUCAUGAUGCCAUCAAGGAACUUUCCCGAUCAUCUCCCUCUCGGAGAUUAAGAUGCCUCACAGUCGACGACGGCAAGUCAGUUGUCCUCGGCAAGGAGCCGGUAUUUUCCAAUGGCAAAGCUGUGGGCUAUGUCACCAAUGCCGCAUUCGGGUAUACCGUUGGUAAGCCGAUUGCUUAUAGCUAUCUGCCGAGCUCUCUUAAAGAAGGAGAUAGCGUGGAGAUUGAGUACUUUGGACGACGGAUCAAAGCAACUGUCACCGCAGAGCCUCUCCACAAGUCUGGCUCCGGUGUGAGUGAAGCAUCGAGGGUACCAAUUAGGUCCCGUUUGUAA